AUGUACAGCAUGUACGCCUUCAUGCAGUCAGCAGUGUGGAACACAUGGGGGCCCAUAUCAACCACCAGUGAGGAUGCCUUUGGUUGGGAUGACUCCACGGUAGCCUUGCUUAACAACUGGGGGCCAAUUUCCUAUAUGCUGACUGGCCUGUUUUAUCCCUGGCUUCUGCAGGUUAAAGGUUUGCGAUGGGCAAUAGUCAGCAGUAUGUUUUUUGUGGCUGCUGGAACAGCCUUCCGUGUCAUUACAUCUUAUCCCCCUACAGCAACAAUACUCAUCCACAUUGGUCAGUUCCUGAAUGGUGUUGGAGGCCCUAUAUCCACAGGCUCCAUCCCAGCCAUCUCUGCUGCAUGGUUCCCUCCACAUGAGAGAGUCACGGCCACUGCCCUCAGUAACAGCAUCAACAAUUUUGGCCAGGCAGUCACUUUUAUUCUGGGCCCAGCACUUGUGUCCACGACUCCUGGAAACUCAUCAACAUCAAAUUUAACUUCACGUAUACUCUUGCUAGGUAAACUGUAUCAAGAACAAGCAGCAGGUGAUCCAGACAAUGCAACAGUUGCCCGACAGCUGCAAGAGAGGCAUGAGAUCAUGCUGUACAUGUAUUAUGCAUGUGGAGCUUGUGUGUUGUUGUUUGUGUUGAUGCUGCUGUAUUUUCCUGCCAAACCACCCCACCCUCCAUGUGUCUCAGCAACGGUCGAGCGCACCAAGUAUUGGGAAGGACUCUGGUUUUUGAGAAAGAAGGUCUACUUUCUACUCAUCACCUUGUCGUAUGGCAUUUCUACGGGAGUCAUGGUUGCCUGGGGCAGCGUCAUCAACAUUAACUUGAAGACUGUUGGUGUGGAUGAGGAGACAGCAGGAAUGAUUGGUUUCUAUUCUACAUUAGCCGGCUGUGCUGCUUCAUUACUUGUUGGGAGAUUUGCUGACUGGUUCGUCCAUUACAUGAAACUGUAUAUACUCAUCAUGUACAUUUUGGCCACCAUUGCUCUGAUUGUGUUUUCUCUCAUGCUGAUCAAUGUCAUUCCACAUUCCCUAGUUGGCUUCUACGUAACCGUUAUUGCCUCGACUGCCCUGGUCAACGCUGCUGUGCCUCUGCUCUAUGAACUGGCCUGUGAGAUGGCCUUCCCAACAAGUGAGGCAGCAGCCAAUGGUUUGUUGACGCUCUUCAACAGUUUCUGGAGCUUGGUCUUCCUGGCCGUGCUCUCCAUUCCAGGCGUUGGUACCAUGUGGAUGAACUGGACCAUAGUUGGGUCCACUGCAGUGUGCAUUCCGCUGAUCGCUCUUAUUAAAGGGAGAUUCAACAGACUCGAAGUGGACGAGUGUAUUCAUACGGAGAAUUACACAGAGCAAGAAGUUGAGGUUCCAGAUGAUGAUGACGAUAAUGUCCACAGUCCUUUACUUGCAAACGGCCAUGUACCCACAGAAAGAUAUGUGGACAAAGAAGUACCUGUUCCAAGGACAUAUGGCUCAAUUGUGCCUCGGCAGUAUGCGAUUCAGAAUAAUGUACAAAAUGGCAGUGUGUUGGUGGAUACAAACGGUGUCCUCCUAGAUGCAGAUAGUCACUCAGAUUUUAAUGUCUCUGACGACCAGGAUGAAAUUACAAGACUCUUGGUUCCAGAUCAGCGGGUGUGA